AUGGGUUUUGUUUACUGCGAUGUCUGCUCCAACAACACUUUCUCCAAACACAGUUACUUCAUGUCCGGCGUGGAAGUGAGAAUAGUCUGCAGCUUCAAAUCAGCUUCGUCAGCAACAAGAGAGACGAUGACGUUCUCUGCAAACAGAACCACUAACGAGUUCGGUCUCUACAAGGUAGCCAUCGCUUCUUUAGAUUGUGCUGACUCGGACAAUCUAGCGAGUUCUUGUCAAGCGAGCUUGAUCGGAAGUACAAACUCCUCGCACUCUUCUUGCAGCGUUCCUGGUUAUAGAGCCACGACGGAUCAAGUCGUGUUCAAGUCUAAACGGUCUAAUCUCUGUAUCUUUGGAUUCAAUGCUUUGAAUCUCAGACCGUUCAAGAGAGACCUUGCCUUGUGUGGCAAGAAAUAG